UCAAUGAUUCGAUACCCUCGUGCUGAUGAUUGUGUCGUAAAUCAAUAUGGUGAUCUUGCUAUCAAGAAUAAGGUGAUUAAACAAUUAUGGGGUGCAAAUCAUAUUAAAGCUAAAUUUGCUUGGAUGGAGUACAUUGUUCGAUUUGAUUGGUUGCCAGAUGGACAAAGGUAAAAGAAGUAUAGAAGCUCUAUUUUGUGUAUACUUAAUUAUCCUUUCAAGUGUUUGGUUACAGUUACUUUCAAGAGAUCAAACACAUACUGCAGUCAUUAAAAUACCAUUAGCAUUAUUUACAGUCACUAACAUUGAUGCUAAGGUAACGGAUGAAAUAGAAAUAUUAUGGGAAGAAGCAAAUCCUUAUUGGGUUAAUAUAAGCGAUGCAUACUACUUUAUGAAACAGUCGACAGUAGAACAGGUUUGUUUUAUUUGGAGUUCAGAGAAAGACAAUGGCUAUCGACACUUGUAUCUUGUGGAGAAAUCAAGGCAAGACCAAAAAUCGAAAAUAACUCAAUUAACUAGCGGAGAAUGGUGUUGUUUAGAUCGACCUCUAUUUGUAGAUGAAUCUAGGGCUUUAGUUUACUUUCAAGCCAAAAUGCAUACACCACUUGAAUCUCACUUUUAUAAAUUAUCUUAUGAUAGUAAAGUCAAAGGUCAACCUAUUCUAUUAACUCAGUUAGGUUUUAGUCAUACAGUAACAAUGAAUUCUCCAGAUUAUUUUGUAGAUUGCUUCUCAACAAUACAUGAUCCACAAGUUAUUAUAGUUCAUCAAUUACAUCACGAGCAACAAGUAGAAAAGAGGUAUGCUGCUUUAUUAAUGCCUGCUGCAAUAAGUAGCAAAUGUGAGACUCCACCUUCACCUCCACCUUCCAUGUCACAAGGGACUAACAUGGCUAAUGAAUACCAACAAGUAGAAUCGGAUUAUAAAAGUGUAGAGCCUAAUGGAGAAAUAUUUUCAUUUACAACCUCAGAUGUGUUUGUAUGUAGGAGUAAAAUUAUUUGGGUGUCUAUAUAAACCAAAAUGUUAUCAGCCAGGACAAAGUUAUCCAACUUUAUUACAUAUAUAUGGUGGGCCGAAAACUCAACUAGUGGUGAAUGAAUUUCGUUUUCCACGUAUGAUACGCUAUCUAUUAUCUGUCUAUUUUGAUUUUGCAGUUGUCAUUAUUGAUAGUCGAGGAUCGAGUGAUCGUGGUUU